AUGGCAAACCCAUCCAUCUACCAUGCGACGGCCACGGCUCCGGUCAACAUUGCCGUCAUCAAAUACUGGGGUAAAGCUUCCACCAAGCUAAACACACCCACCAACUCCUCACUGUCCGUCACCCUCUCCCAAGACGACCUACGGACAAUCACAACUGCAUCCUGCUCCGCGUCAUUCGAGUCCGAUGCUCUGUGGCUCAACGGCACCCCUCACGAUGUCAGCAAUGCAAGAUCACAGGCUUGCUUUGCUGAAUUGCGAGCUCUACGAAAAGCAAAGGAAGACAAGGACUCGUCUCUGCCCCCACUUUCCACCUACAAGCUCCAUUUGAUCUCGGAAAACAAUUUCCCUACCGCUGCUGGACUUGCUAGCUCUGCUGCCGGCUUCGCAGCCUUUGUUAGGGCAAUUGCAGACCUCUACGAGCUGGACGAAUCUCCGACAGAAUUGUCACGAAUCGCAAGACAGGGCUCCGGGUCUGCUUGUCGGUCACUAUUUGGUGGUUAUGUUGCUUGGGAGAAGGGAGACCGUGAAGAUGGGCAAGAUUCGCUCGCGGUCCAGAUAGAGUCAGAGUCCCACUGGCCCACAAUGCGAGCGGCAAUUCUCGUUAUCUCGGAUGCUAAGAAGGGAGUCUCGUCGACUUCAGGGAUGCAAGCAACUGUUGCGACAUCCACCCUAUUCCCAAACCGCGCCAAUUUCGUCGUCCCCGCGAGGAUGGAGGCCAUGAAGAAGGCUAUCGUGGAAAAGGACUUUGAAACCUUCGCAGAACUCACAAUGGCGGACUCUAAUUCCUUCCACGCAGUAUGCUUGGAUACCAUCCCUCCUAUCUUCUACAUGAAUGAUACCUCAAGAGCUGCAGUCCGUGUCGUCGAGGAGAUCAACAGAUCUGCUGGCAAGAAGGUUGCUGCGUAUACCUUCGACGCCGGUCCGAAUGCUGUCAUUUACUACGACGAGGCUAACCAAGACCUAGUGCUUGGAACUUUGAAGAAGGCUACGUCGAAUGUUACUGGUUGGUCGGAUAAGUACACUCACAUCAAUGCGGCGGUGCCGGAAGGGUUCAAUGAAGCAUUCUUGGAACCCUUAGCUGGAGGCGUCUCGCGAGUUAUCCUGACAGGUGUGGGAUCUGGGCCGUUGAAAGUACCAAAGGAGAAGGCUCUUAUUGAUGAACAAGGAAAUCCAAGGUCUGCAACAUAA